AUGUGGUAUUUAUGUUUUCAUUUCUUUUCAGAACUUCAAGUCGAUGUCGGCUUUAAUCGAAAUAUCACUUUACCAGUAAAUAGCAUUACUAUAUAUGGUGCGGCUUGGCCGCCAUCGCCUAAAAAUCACCCUUAUAGCUUCGAAUGGAGUAAAGUUUUCUCUCCUGCUAACAGUAAAGCUAUCAUAGCUGGUCAACAUACGGCAUUACUGUCGUUAUCAAAUAUAGAUGUCCCUGGUGUUUAUGGAUUAAAAUUGACUGUUCGAAGUGAAGCUAGUUACGGUCAUGGGUUCGUUAAUGUAACCGUUUUUCCUGCCGUUCGUAAUAAUAAGCCUCCGGUAGCAGUCAUCUAUCCAAAAUUCAAGGAGAUAACUCUACCUAUACAAAAGUUUGUCCUAGAUGGGUCUCGCAGUUCGGAUGAUGAUAAGAUUGUUAAGUAUGAGUGGGAAUUAGUUGCUGGUCCUUUAAAUUAUUAUUUAAAGAAAAAAACGAACCCAGUCUUGCAACUAACGAAGUUAGAUCCCGGUAAUUACGACUUUAAACUUACUGUAACCGACUCGGAUGGAGUAAAAAAUUCAACCCUAGCUAGAAUUAAAGUCAAUAAAGCGAUGGAUUAUAAGCCAGUGGCCCUGCCGGGUCCGGAUGUUUUAUUGUAUCUACCACAAAAUUCUGUCGUUUUGAAUGGUAGCGGGAGUUACGAUGAUAAUGGAAUUGUUCGAUAUGCUUGGACAAAAUUACAUGGUUCACCAGAGAUUGCAGAUAUGCAGGGUACGACAUCGCCAGUAUUGCAUGUAACAAAUCUAGUUGAAGGACACUACGUUUUCCAGUUAAAUGUUACUGAUACUGCUGGGCAAAUGGCUUCAGCAACAGUGACUGUAGUGGUUCAACCAGAAGAUAAUAAGCCUCCUAAGGCAGUAGCUGGUCCUGAUAAAGAUCUAGUUUCACCUGAUGAUUCGACUUUUCUUGAUGGUUCGUCCAGUAGUGAUGACCGUGGCAUUGUUUCGUAUUUAUGGCGCAAAGUCAGUGGUCCAAAUUCGUUUGUAAUGUCUGGAGCUAAGACAAGUCAGCUAAAAUUGACUAAGCUUAAACUAGGGACAUACGUCUUUGAGCUGAUUGUAACAGACGAUCGCGGUUUACAAGGAAAGGACACUGUCAACGUAUUCGUAAAGAAAGAUGAUAACAAAGCUCCCGUUGCGAAAAUUAAUGGCGAUGUGACUGUGAAACUACCCAAGAAUGAAGCUGUAUUAAACGGCUCUUUAUCAAGCGAUGAUUAUGGAAUAGUUAGAUAUGAAUGGACGCGUUCCAGCAAUAGUCCUGCCAUUGCGACCAUACUUGAGGAUUCAGAUCAUAAGCCAAUCCUACGGUUGGCAGGUUUAGUGGUAGGAAAGUACACAUUCACGCUCAAAGUUGUUGAUCAGAAAGGACUGUACAGCGUUGACAAAGCUACAAUUACAGUCGUAAAAGGUGAUGCUAUGGAAAAUCUUGUUGAAGUAAAGAUCGAUACCCAGGGUCAUACAUUUACCAAUCAGAAUAAAAUGAAUUUAUUGACUACUAUUUCGCUAAGUUUGGGAAUAUCAGGCGAUAAGAUUAAGAUUGAUAAUAUCCAUGAAAUUAAUUCCGGCGGGAUAUCAGUAGUUUUUUACAUAGUUGAUGAUAAUGGUAAGGUGCAAAAGGGAGCAGAAAUCGUUUCAACAUUAAAAUCAAAGGCAUUUAAAAAUCUAAACCGAAAGUAUUGGAUUGUUGCAAUAGAUACUUAUCUGUGUCAUAACAAUUGCUCUGGUCAUGGCGUGUGCGAUAAUUUGUCCAAGAGAUGUGUGUGUAAUAGUUUUUGGAUGGAAAAUUUUAUUAAAGCGGGCAUUCAGGGGCAAAGUAACUGUGAAUGGAGCAUACUUUAUGUUAUUAUCAUAUGUGCUAGCUGCGUGAUUGCCAUUGUAUCGAUUAUAUGGUUCAUAUUGUAUUGUUGUAGACGGUAUGUACAGAACGUGGACUUUUAUGAAGAAUUUUUUAUAGAAAGUUGUUUUAAAAUUUUAUAA